AUGCUCGCGACGACGUUCGCGCUCGCCGCAACUCGCGCCGUCCCCGCCCCCGUCCAGCGGACAGAUACCGACCCCACGCACGGCCAGAUCGAGCAGCCCGCCGCGGGCGCGCACAUCGCGCCCGGCGAGUCGUUCGACUUUUCCUACCUCCCGAGCGCGGACUACUGCCGCUCCACAUACGCGUUCUCCGUGUGGCUCGUCACGGACGUGCCCGCCUCGCUCGCCCCGAUGGACGUCUUCAUGGGCGGCCACUUCUUCGGACGAUUCGACUUCCCCAACUACCCCGCGGUGCCGUAUCCGAAGAACCCCGCGCCCGCGCAGCUGACCAUGCCCGACUUCUCGAAGGCCCCCGGCGGGUUUGGCAGCCCGCAGACGGCGAGCGACAAGACCGUGCAGCUCGCGGUGCUCGAGGAGUGGGCGGGCUGCGAGACUGAUGUACGUCGACGCCCUUUCCCCUCUCCCCUGUGCCUCGCGCAGGGGGCGCGUUUCUGA